CCAGUGGUGUAUCUACAGUUUCCUUUGGCACAUGGGCUUUAAAAUUGGCACUUGCACGAUGUUUGGCAUGUCUCGGUGUUUACCAUCAGCUCGCAGCGCUGCUUGUCAGAGAACAAGCAGUCACGGUGAGCCACGCCUAUUGUCCAUGUGCUUCAUCCUCCAAUCUCACCAUCCCUGCGCACCACACGCUCCGUAUUUUGCAUAAAAUGUGUAUCAGUAGGACAGCGCUCACCCCGGCACAUGCAGAGCGCACAUGUAGCGUGGCUUUACUGAACACAUACCACGGUCGAAUAAGCGCAUCAAACUCCCUUCAGCUCCAGAUCCCCGCCAAUGAAAAUGCUCAAAAGCGUGAAGGAGAGAGAGGGAGAGAAAGGACUCCGCGAGAUACAAAGAGUGAGCCAAAUCCCACACAAACAGACACAACACAAGUUGGAGGGAGCGGAAAGGCGGUCACAUUUCCUACUCACCUGCAAACGUGAUUGAUGUGGGUGUUUGUAUCAGUGGGUGUGUGUGUCAUGCAUGGACACUGUGUUCACGGAUAUGCUGACUCUACCUUCAUGGAAUUCAUGAGAACCGUUUAAUCCUCGCUCGUGCAACAUCACACGCGGUCGAGCCGAGGCGCAGUAUCCAGAACGCAGAAGACAUCCAGUUAUCUUAGAGGAGACCGGCCUGUCUAACUUACCUCAGUCAGAGCACAACUGAGCACAGUGAGAGACACUACUCUUCCCGCAAUUUUGACUGGGUGAAAAACUUUACGCGCACUUGGACACAUUUCCACACUACUUCCAAUUUUUGGCUCCAUGGAGCAGGUGUUUUACUCAAAGCAAUUUCUUGACUUUUUCACCUAUUUUCAAAAGACUUUUGCUCCAGUUUAGAGUUUUUCCACAGACGUCUGUCUUCAAGUUUUAACAUCAACAACAACAACAACAACAACAAGAGAAAUGGACAACAGUCCUGGAGGAAGCGGAGGAGUCAUCCUGUACGCAGGCUCCUCUGGCAGUGGCAGCCCCAGCCCCGGUAGCCCCGGCAGCCCCUCUAGCGGGUACCAGACACAGUCACCUUCUUCACACUCCCAGCCCUCAUCUCCAGAGGAGGUUACCUUCACAGAGAUUGGGGUGCUGAAACACAGGGCAGCAGGGUGCACUAACCAAUCCUCAAAACUGGUGUUCCAGUUCCCAGAGGUCUACAGUGGGCCCUCAGCAGCAGCCGCUCAGGUCACUCAGCAUACCUAUACACACCCCAUCGCUGCAAAGAGGCCAUGCGGGUUCACAGGAACUUUCACCAAGACAGGUGGAAUGGUCCUGCUCUGCAAAGUCUGUGGAGACAUCGCAUCUGGAUUCCACUAUGGAGUGCAUGCAUGCGAAGGUUGCAAGGGGUUUUUCCGCCGCAGCAUCCAGCAGAACAUCAACUACAAGAUGUGUGUGAAGAACGAGAACUGUCUGAUCAUGCGUAUGAACCGCAACCGGUGCCAGCACUGCCGCUUCAAGAAAUGUCUCUCUGUUGGCAUGUCAAGAGAUGCUGUGCGUUUUGGCCGCAUCCCUAAAAGAGAGAAGCAGCGACUUCUGGAUGAGAUGCAGAGUUACAUGAACAGCCUUAAUGAGUCGGCUGCCAUGGACAUGGACUCAUCUUCAGUGAGGGACACUCCCUCCAGCCCAGAAGAUGGCAACUCAAAAGAGGCCAUCGGGGCCAUCUCUAGAGCCUACCGUGACAUCUUCACCAGCAACAACAGCAACAGCAGCCAGGACAGAGCAGCAGAGACGGCUCACAUCGCCGCCACCAACAACAACACAUCUCACUUUUCUCAGGAUGCCAGUUUUCACCAGGUCUCAUCUCACCCCAACUCUGCACAGAGUUAUCAGUCUUGCCCUGUCGCCCCUGCCUCACGUUGCCCAGUUGCCCCUAACGACAACCAGCCUACAUUCCACAAUGUGGAGAACAAUCACAUCACAUACUUAGUGUCAACAAAUCAGAAUCAUGAUCAGUCUAAUGGCACAACACCUCAAAGAGGCAGCUCCAUCAAUCAUAACAGUUUUCGCAAUGCAGGAAGUGCCACGAAUCAGCCCUCCUGCCCAUGGAAGUUAGCUCCAGGAGCUAAAGUGCUGGCCUGCCCUCUCAAUGCGUGCCCUGUAUCAGGAGCAGAGCACUCGAGUCAGGAGAUAUGGGAAUCUUUCUCUCAGUGUUUCACUCCUGCUGUCAAGGAGGUGGUAGAGUUUGCCAAGGGCAUCCCUGGAUUUCAAGAGCUUAGCCAGCAAGACCAGGUCAUGCUGCUCAAAUCAGGCACCUUUCAGGUUCUGAUGGUGAGAUUCUGCACCUUGUUUAAUGCACAGGAGCGUACAGUGACCUUCCUGAAUGGCCAAACUUACCCUCUGUCCACCCUGCGGGCUUUGGGCAUGGGUUCCCUGCUGGAUGCAAUGUUUGAGUUCAGUGAGAAGUUGGGCUCCCUGGGGCUAGAACCAGAUGAAAUGGCCCUCUUCAUGGCUGUGGUGCUGGUCUCUGCAGAUCGCUCUGGUAUCUCGGACAUGCGGGCUGUGGAGCAGCUCCAAGAGGGUCUGAUCCGUGCCCUACGAUCACUGAUCACUCGUCGUCGCCCAGACGACACCGCCCUCUUCCCCAAACUCCUCUUGCGACUGCCAGAUCUUCGCACCCUCAACAAUCUGCACUCCGACAAACUAUUGGCCUUUCGCAUCGACCCUUGAGCAGGCCACUUGUUCACAGAGCACACAGACACAGUUUUACUGUUUUACACAAACACAUACACCACACCACACACACACACACACACACACACACACACACAGGUAUUAUCUUCCAAGGGCAGGACUUCCCUGAAAAUUGAGGAACAAGGAUUUGUGCAAUCUGAGAGUUUUAUAAACGGAUUAACGAGGGUAGUAGCGAACGUAUUUUUGAUUCACUAUUGAUCUUCAUGCAAUGUUUUAUAAACAAAUUAUUAUAAAAUUAUAAAAAUCAUUAUAAACAUAUAAACAUACAUAUACAAACUCGUGUGCACACAUAAACCGCAACACCUCUUGAGAGACAUUGUUCCAGUUAAAAGAAUAAAUCAUUGUGUAAAGUUACUAUUACCCUUUUGGAUAAAUCAUUUGUGCACUUGCUCAUUAUAUCCAUUGUACUUAAUAAUAAAAGCCAGUUCACUUCUGUUUAUUCCUUAAGUCAUAAAGUAUCAACAGGCCAUCACUAAGCAGCAGCUGAAAGAUGGAUAUCGUGGAUCCAAACAGUUAUUACUUAGGGACCAUUAGUGAUGAUUGACUAUGUGUCAGUUUGUGUUUAUGAGAAAGGGAACCUGUAUAUAAUACAUAGCAAAACCUGAAAUAUUAAGGUAAUUGUGUAUCACUGUUUCACAAUCAUACCAUUUGCAUUAGUACUGGAAUGAGACCACUAUUUUAAUGUGUCACCUGUACACAAUAGGAUGCAUUCUGUCUCUUACUAUUUUUGACUAAUCCUUCAGAAACAUUUGGCACAACUUGGGUUUAAAUAUGCCAACUUCAUAAGUCAAAGGCAUUUUAUAUGAUUUCACAAAAACAUUGUGUCUGCGUCACUAUAUCGUAUCACAUCUGGAGUGAUGGAGACGCUCCAUGCAUGUUGGGUUUUGUAGUUCCUUUGUUCAUUUUUGUUGCUGUAAAUAUUAUGUUACCCCAAUGUCUAUGUAUUAAUGACUGAAAUUAUAUGAUGGAUCGGACAGAUGAGUUCGGUGUAGAGAAGAAUGUACUGCUGACCUUCCUGUACUAGGUGGGGGUUUGGCCAUGCCAAGGGGGCUUUGCACAGGAGAAUAUAUAGUAGGGAUUCUCAGACAGAUUAGACACACUUCCAGCUAUCAGAUGAUGUAACCAACCAGCAUAAUCCCUGAAAUCACCAGCGCUCACUCCACAUGCACCCUUCCUCUGCCCCCAAUGUUUGUCAUACAAACACAAGAGAUAUUUUUGGGUGAGAGAUCUUAUUUGAUUGGUCCUCUCACUGUUUGUUUGUUUGAUUAUGGCUGAUUGAGCACAUCUUGUACAUUUUGUAAAUCUUUCUUCCUAAAUAGAAAUGAUAUAAUGACAUAAAGUUCGAAUUAUGUAUUAUUCUGA